CUAUUUAUAGAAAACCCGAAACCCUAACAACCGCUCCGGCUCCGCCUCUUCUCAUCACUUUCGGUCUUCCUCCUGCCAUCGGCGCACUCCCUUCACCGUCUACGGCUCCUCUUUCCUUCCCUCUGUUUUCGGUCGCCGUCGCCACUGUCGCUGCUGCCACCAGCACCUUCUCACCAUCACCAGCUCAGCGUACCAGCAUUUUCUCUUUUCCCUAGUCGCUACUGGAUCCCUUACCUUCUCCGUCCGUGGCAGGUCGAAUUUGUGUUGGUUUCUUUCUGUAAUCCUAGUAAGUGUUUGGUUUAACGCCGCUGCAGAUAUCAAGGAGAACAGCCAUGGGCAAGAAGCGAAGCAGUUCUCUUAGGCCUGUCAAAGCAUCCAAAGGAGAUCCACAGUCAGACAGAGUGAGCUCAAAUUGCUACGAAGGAGAGCGCCUCGAUCAUCUCCUGGUUCAACUCACCAAGAGCAUUGAAUCAGCUAAACUUUCCAAAGGAGAGCUACCUGAUAAGAUGUGGAUCAAGCAACAAUUUGCUAUUGGAGUCAACGAUGUCACACGUGUUCUUGAAAGAAUGAUACAAGCUGAGGCAGAUUGCCAAUCAAAGAAAGAGCAUAGUAAUAUCAAUCUCCGUAGAGCUCCUCUGGUCCCUCUGCAGGCGGUGCUCUUAGCUGCGGACUGCAACCCCCGAAGGCUGACAAAACAUAUUCCAAGCUUGGCAUCGCCCAUGCAGAUCCCGGUGAUAUUCGUGAAGGAUAAUAAAAGAGGUUCCUUGAGAUUAGGUGAACUGGUGAUGUUGAAAACAGCAAUGGCAAUUGGAAUAAAGGUCAAAGGAAGCAUAAUUAACGAAGCAAUUGACGAACUUCUCAGCAGUCAGCCCCCGGAAAUAUCCCUUCAGACACAUGAUUAAGCUUUUUGUAGGGAGAGGGAGAAAGAGCAGAAAUGAAAUAUCCACGAUCUUAACUUGGUAUCAAAGCCUAUCUAAUUCAUCGUAUCUUAUCCAUUUCAUAUCGCGGCAGUGACUGAUCAUCCUUGCUUUC